AUGGGGUAGUGCAGUGAUCAGGAUGCUGGUAUAGAUUAUGGCCGUGAUCAAAACACUGGCGUGGGGUAUGGCAGUGAUCAGAACGUUGAUAUGGGGUAUGGUGGUGGUCAGCAUGCUGGUAUGGGGUAUGGCGGUGAUCAGGACAAUGGUAUGGCAUAUGGGGUGAUCAGGACGCUGGUAUGGGGUAUGGUGGUGAUCAGGAUGUUGGAAUGGGGUAUGGCGGUGCUCAGGAUGCUGGUAUGGUGUAUGGAGGUGAUCAGGAUGCUAUUAUGGUGUACGGAGGUGAUCAGGAUGAUGGUAUGGUGUAUGACUGUGAUUAGGGCACUGGUAUGGUGUAUGGCGGUGAUCAGGUUGCUGGUAUGGUGUAUGGAGGUGAUCAGGGCGCUGGUAUGGUGUAUGGAGGUGAUCAGGAUACUGGUAUGGUGUAUGUCGGUGAUCAGGGUGCUGGUAUGAUGUAUGGCGGUGAUCAGGGUGCUGGUAUGGGGUAUGACGGUGAUCAGGAUGCUGGUAUGGGGUAUGGCGAUGAUCCAGGGUCCUGAUAUGGGGUAUGGAGGUGAUCAGGAUGCUGGUAUGGGGUAUGGAGGUGAU